AUGCCUCAACACCUUCCUGCGAACAUCACCCCGAAGACCUCACAUGGUGUAGACUUGCACACGUUGGAGACUCAAGUUAUCCAAUUGUCUGAAAAGAUAGAAGAUCUCCGGGACGAGAUCGAUGCCAUUGUUAGGGAACAGGCGAAGGUCCGUCACAGAAUCGCAGAUGUUAACUACCAAUCUGUUAGCAACAAACGUACUCUAGAAAGAGAAAUCGAAACUUCAGAAAAAGAGAAAGCACACUUGGAGCAAAUGCUCAGUUUGCAGGUACAGGAGCUUGAGGUGAAAUUAGAUGAUGAUUUUAACGAGUUGAAGUUCAACUUACAGUCGGAAGUCAAAAAUGCGGAGCAGUAUCGAGAUGAUGAUCUUUUACACGAAAUAGAACGGCUUUUGGAAAAGAAAAUAACCUUAGAGACUCAAUUGGACGAGAUCAAAGAAAAGAACCAGGCUAUAAUCAAUGAAGAGUCGAAGGCGUUGAAGCUGGAUCUAAAUGCAUAUGUCGCAUCAAAAGAGGAAGAAACUGAUAAACUAUCUUUGAUCUUCGAAAAUAAGGACAAAGAACUAAACGACUUAAAUACUCAGCUUUCACAUCUACAAUCCAAAGUUGAUGGGAUACUAAAAAGAAAUGAAGAAUCUACCUCCUUGAUCACAGAUAUUCAGUCAAGAAUGAAUGAUUAUCCCGCCAUGAAAUCGACAUUAUUGAAGUCACUCACUAGCAUAGACGAACGAUUGAAUGAUACUCAACAAAAAACUUUGCAAUGGAAUGAAAAAUUGAGGUAUGCAGAAUCGACUCAUUCUAAAGCCUUUGCCAAACAGGUAAAGUUUGAUACUCAACGUAUGAUCUUGGAAAAUUCUAUCAUGGAUAACGAAAAUAAGAUCAGAGUGUACCUAAAAUAUAACAACAAGCAUGAGAUAGACAUGACUAAUGACACUCCAUUCAACAAGAUUUUCACUAAUACAGCCUCCGUUGACGACAUAUCUAGUGAGUUCUCAUAUCUUAUAAAAAGCAGCAUUACUGGUAAUAAUGUGUCCAUCAUUUUCAAUGGCAUAAAACAACCAAAUCUACUUGUUGGUUCAAUUACCAAUAGUUACAAAUAUCUCCUUCAUAAAUGUGAACAAUUAACCCAAUGGAAAUUCAACUUUAGAUUCAAGAGUAUCACAAUCAACAAUAGUAACAAGAUAAUGGACUUGUUGAAUUCGAUGAAAGACCUCUCAUUGGAUUCUGGGUUCAAUUGCUUGAAACAAAUACCAUCGCAAGAAAUGAUCAUUGACGAUGUUGAAGAGUUUACGAGAAUUAUUAAGCACAUAAAUGACAACACUGAGAAUGUUAGUUUGUACAUUAUCAGCGUUAGUGGCAUUAAAGGAACGAAGAGUAUACAAAGCGAUGUGUUGUUCGUUGAUAUCACUUCAAAUUCGUUGGAUUUACAAACCGAAUACUUGAAAUCAUUUUCUUACAAAAACAGUAAUACAGGCCUACUUAGGAUGUUUAACUAUGCCUACCUUAACAGCAAGUGUUUAUUCAUGAGUAACGUUAAUGAUGAAGUUGAUGAGAAAAAUUCCAGCUUUAUCAAUUCACUUGAAAGAAUCAAAGCAAUUGAUUCACCUUAUAAAAAAAAAUGA